GCAAUGUGAACUACACCAGUUUCCAUCACAAAAAAUAUGCACCCAACCCAAAUCUUUUUAUUUUGGCUUUACCUUACCUAUUUUGGAGAAAAAAGAAGAAGGGCAAAAACAGGAGCUCCAAAAUCGAUUCAGACUCAAAAGCAGAUCGAUUGUACAAGCUAGAAUCGAUUUCACCCAUUUCAUCCAAUCCAAACACGUUAUUGGCAACAAGACGAGAAGAAUCAAUGAAUGAAUCAAAAAAGAUGCAAUGAACUAAGUUCCGAGUGAAUUCGAUUCAUUCCCAAUUCGCAUGGAGAUUUCUCAUUCUCAACUACUACUACUACUACUCAUGUUCUUCUUUUCGGUUUUGUUUUAUGGCGUAGAUUCUUUCGAUGUUUCAACAACCAUAGGAUCGCAUUCUCGCUCUCUCUACGAUUGCGAUCAAUGUAAUCGAAUCACGGAAAAAUACAUUUCGACAACUAGAGCUCGCUAUUCGCCUGAUGAAAAGGACAUUGAUAUAAUUGCAACAUACAGCGAUGCGUCUGGCCAUAUUCGACUAGCUAGGUUGAAAAUGAGAGACCUAUCUGAUUCCUGGAUUUGGGAAAAUCCUAAUAAUUCAAACAGUGAACAUCAAAAGAGCUCCCAGGGAAUGAUGGAAUCAUUGCAAACUGAUUCACGAGUUGAAGACAAUCUCAAGCUCUCCACAGAUGAAGGUUAUCCUGAAGAAAGAAGAGUGAAUAAUAUUCCCAGUAUCUCAUGGAUGACUCCGGUGAAGAUCAAGCGCCGGAUGAUGCGGCAAGAAAGAAGGAAAACUCGUGCUGCUGAACUGAUGCAGCAAGGCAAAGAAACUGACAAUCAUAUUGUAUCAGCAGCAAUUGAGCACUCUGAAGGAUUUGAUACCUCUAUCAAGGGAAAGUAUAGUAUAUGGAGAAGAGAAUAUGAAAACCCAAAUUCUGAUUCAACUCUGAAACUCAUGCGAGAUCAAAUAAUAAUGGCCAACACUUAUGCCAACAUUGCAAAGUCUAAGAACAAAACUGAUAUUUACGAAGCUCUUGUCAAACACUCCAGAGAUAGUCAACAAGCUAUAGGAGAAGCUAGAUCUGAUGCAGAGCUUCACCAUGGAGCAAUUGAUCGAGCAAAAGCUAUGGGUCAUGUUCUUUCUAUAGCAAAGGACCAACUUUAUGAUUGCAUGUUGGUGGCGAGGAAGUUAAGGGCGAUGCUUCAGUCAACUGAAGAUAGAGUGAAUAUACAGAAGAAGAGGAGUGCAUUCUUGAUUCAGCUAGCAGCGAAAACAGUGCCUAGACCAUUGCAUUGCCUUCCUCUGCAGCUUGAAGUGGAUUAUUACCUGCAGGGCUAUCAUAAAAAAGGAAAUUUUGAAAAAGAAAAGAUUGAAGAUCCAACUCUUUACCACUAUGCUAUCUUUUCUGAUAAUGUACUGGCUACAUCUGUGGUAGUUAAUUCUACCGUGCAGAACGCAAAGGAACCUGAGAAGCAUGUAUUCCAUAUAGUGACAGAUAAAUUGAAUUUUGCAGCAAUGAGAAUGUGGUUUCUCAUCAACCCUCCGUCUAAAGCAACCAUUGAAGUUCAGAAUAUUGAUGAUUUUAAGUGGCUCAAUUCCUCAUACUGUUCUGUUUUACGUCAACUUGAAUCAGCAAGAGUAAAGGAAUAUUACUUUAAAGCUAAUCAUCCUUCCUCCCUCUCUGCUGGUUCUGACAACCUAAAGUAUAGAAAUCCCAAAUAUUUGUCAAUGCUGAAUCACCUAAGGUUUUACCUCCCUGAAGUUUAUCCAAAAUUAAACAGAAUUCUCUUCUUGGAUGAUGACAUUGUAGUGCAGAAAGAUUUGACCCCUCUUUGGUCAAUUGAUUUGAAAGGGAUGGUGAAUGGUGCAGUGGAGACAUGCAAGGAGAGCUUCCAUAGGUUUGAUAAAUACCUAAACUUUAGUAACCCAAAGAUCUCCAAAAAUUUCAGUCCGGAGGCUUGUGGCUGGGCAUAUGGUAUGAAUAUGUUUGACUUGAAGGAGUGGAAGAAGCGAAACAUCACCGGAAUCUAUCAUAGGUGGCAAGAUAUGAAUGAGGAUAGAACCCUAUGGAAGCUUGGAACCUUACCCCCAGGACUGAUAACCUUUUAUAAGCUGACCUAUCCAUUAGAUCGAGGGUGGCAUGUUUUGGGACUUGGCUACGACCCAGCUCUGAAUCUAACAGAGAUAGAGAACGCUGCCGUCAUUCACUACAAUGGAAACUACAAGCCGUGGUUGAAUCUUGCUGUCUCAAAGUAUAAAUCAUACUGGUCCAGAUAUGUUAUGUUUGAUAAUCCCUAUCUUCGAGUUUGCAACCUUAGCGAAUAGUGAAUUUUGUGCCAUUUAUCUUUCUGCCUUCCCUAGCAGACUGUACUGAGGAUGACAACGCAUUGAGUAUAGUUUUGUAAAGAGAAAUUUUGUAACAUAUUGACCGGUAAGGUGCAUGUUUGGAUACAAGGUGGAAAAUCACUGAGGUUAAAAUCACGGUGGACAGUUGCAAAAGCUAAGAGAAAUUGCUUUGUAUUCAGUAAAGUUUGUGGAAAUCGUCAGUCAAAUCCUGAAGAUUGUCUUAGAUCAGUGACGAACUGAGUUCCACAGGCAUAAAUGGAUAGAGUUUGAUAAUAUGAGAGCACCUCAUCAGUCAUCAUUGAGUUGUGUUUAGUAGAGAAGUGAUUAAAUUCCAAUGAGUUUAGUUCAUUGCUUUAGCUAUGACACAUUGAUAUAAAUUACAUGUUUCCAUCACUUGUGGAAUUAUUUCUACUUAUUUUGUUAUUUA